AUGCUCGUUCUCCUAUUGACGACAUACCUGUCUCUCUCCUCGUGGGGCUCGGAGCAAGUGCGGGCGCAGCUGAAGCACAUUCCAGCGUUCUUUGGUAACCAGUCGUGCCCCACGUACCCCUCGUUUAGCACUAGUCCAAAUAUGUCUGACUACCGAUUCAUGAGCCAGGCCAAUACGGUUGAGGAUCUGCGGAAGUAUGCUGUUCGGGUAUGCGGGAUGGUGCGUUUGCGACUUGGUGACCGUGCAGUGGAAGAUCGUUUCAACCGCAAAUUCGGCUAUCCGUGGCCGUUUACGGAGGAGUUCAAGCAGGGUGUUCGAAAGAUGACGCGCUCGCCCGUAUAUUUCGGUCUAGUGCCGAAGGAACACUGGAGUUACCCCGACUGGAUUGAUCAGGAGAAGGCAGCAGCCAAGCGCAAGGAGAUGGAGAUGAAGCAGAUUAUUUAUGGUGGUUCAGAGUCGUACCGUCAUAUGUGCCGCUACCAAAGUGGCUUCUUCUGGCGUCAUCCCCUCACCUACGAGCUUGGACUGGAAUACUACUGGCGCGUGGAACCGGGCAUUCGCAUCUACUGUGACAUUGACUAUGAUCCUUUCGUGUUUAUGCAGCUGAAUAACAAGGCAUAUGGCUUUACUAUGUCCUUGCAUGAGUAUCCCGCCACUAUCCCCACGCUCUGGGAACAGACCAAGAUUUUUGCCAAGAACCACCCAGAAUAUCUUGCUGAAGACAAUGCGAUGGGCUUCAUUGUGGAUAACUCGAAGACAAUGCAAUCUUCGAUAUACAACAUGUGCCACUUCUGGAGUAAUUUUGAAAUCGCGGACUUGCGAUUCUGGCGCGGCCAGCAGUAUCUGGACUACUUUACCCAUUUGGAUAAAGCGGGUGGUUUCUUCUACGAGCGCUGGGGAGACGCGCCUGUUCACAGUAUUGCCGCAUCUCUGUUCCUGAAUCGUUCACAGAUCCACCACUUUGAGGACAUCGGAUACCGCCAUAUCCCGUGGGCACAUUGCCCGGCAAACCGUGCCAAGUACCACGACACAGGCAAGUGUCUUUGUGAUCCUACUGAGUCGUUUGACCGGGAUCCGUACUCGUGCAUGACCCAGUGGUGGAAGGUGUCAGUCGAGGGCGAGCCUAAGUAA